GCCAACCGCCAUUAAACUCCAAAAAUAAGAAGAAGAAGGAAACCGACUAUUUCGCUGAUAGAACAACAUUUCACCAAACCCCGGUCAAAAGGUUUGUGGAUCGUCAAGAUGGCAUACCCCAGAACCCACAACCCAUUUGCAGAUGAGGAGGAGGAGGAGGAGCAGCACCGGUCAAGUGGAGGAUUUGACGACCCCCAAGAGAGGGGGAUGAGCGAGGCAGAGAGGAAGCAGAGAUUCCUCCAACAGGAAGUGAUGCGUACGGCCAAGUCGGCAGUGGUCAGUAGCCAACGCUCCCUGGGGCUCAUCUAUGAGUCGGAGAAGAUCGGCACUGAGACUGCAGAGGAGGUGAUACGUCAGGGGGAGGCUCUGAAGAGGACUGAGAGGAUGGUGGACAACAUGGGCAAAGACCUGGAAACCAGCCAGAAACACAUCAACAGCAUUAAGAGUGUGUGGGGAGGCCUUGUCAACUACUUCAAGGCCAAGCCUGAGACCACCAAGCCCCCGCCAGAAGAACCUGUUGCCUACCAAGCCAGCAGCAAAUUGCAGAAUGCCAUGUCUCACAGUAAAGAGCAUGAAGACAAGUACCAGGCCAGUCACCCCAACCUGAGGAAGUUGGACACUGAAGGGUUCGGAGCAUCUGCAUCAGUCGAUGACAGCUCAUCCAAUCAAAAUGGCUACCCUGCGAACAGACAGCUUAGAGCCGCCCACCAGACACUGGACAACAACUUAGAUGAGAUGUCCCUGGGCCUGGGCAGGUUAAAGAACCUGGGACUGGGCCUCCAGUCUGAAAUUGAGAAUCAGGACACUUCUCUGGACAAUCUGCUGGGCAAGGUGGACAAGAUGGACCUCAAGAUCAACAAAACCAACCAGCAGAUCAAAAACCUCAAAUAAUAACAGUCCCAAAUAUUCUGACUCACCCGACAGAGACACUGGUCAACUCAACUCCCCUUACCUGGGUUUCGCCGCACAGCAGCUCUCUGUGCACCAAGAUGUCUUAUUCCUCUAUGAUAGAGUAUCAAUGAUAUUGGUAAUGAAUGAUAUUCAGUUCCUCAAACAGCUCCACAUGCAUGCAUAGACCACCUUGAGAUGUCUAGCCUUAGGUGUCACUGUUCUUGACUAUUAUGAUUUGUUAUCUUGUGAUUUUUAGAAGGGAAGGAUAUCUACACAGCUUUGUAUGUUCUCUGUGAAUAGGACCUGUGUGGUGGGUUUAAAGGGUAGUUGAGAAGUGUUGAUGGUCUGUUAUUGUUGCCCUCAGUUUGCAUUUUGGUAAGUUGCAUUUUAAUUCUGUUUGGUUGAUAAAUUAAUUCAAUUUCAACUCACAAAGCGAGGGAUCCUCUUUGAGAACGAAGCGCCACUUGCAUACAUAAAUUAAAUUUUAAAUGGUCUGACUUAACUGAAUUGAAAUGCUAUUGGCCCCAACGUUGAUCGCUGUGUCCAAAAUAAAUUGAGUGUGGUGCUUGUUUGAAACUGGAA